ACAAAACAUAAAAAGGAGAUAAUGUUUGAAAUUUCCUACUUUCUAUCUGAUUACUGUACAGUAUCAAAGCAGAAACAGAAAUCCCUCUCACUGGCUUCCACUCCACUCUCACUCCCAAUCCCACUCAACCAUAUCUCCUCCUCCUCCUCCUCGUCUAGGCUGAUAAGGAAAGAAAUGUCGAGGGAGGAGGAAAGGGCGGCAGAAAUGGAAAACGAAAAUGGCGUAUGGGAGGAGGAGCAGUGUCGUCUGUACGAGGCCUACAACGAGCUCCACGGCCUCGCCCAAGCCUUCGACACUCCCUUCGACGCUCCGGCGGUACUCGUGGUGGGCCACCAGACUGACGGCAAAAGCGCUUUGGUGGAAGCACUUAUGGGCUUCCAGUUCAACCACGUCGGCGGCGGCACCAAAACCCGCCGCCCCAUCACCCUCCACAUGAAGUACGAUGCCGACGCUCACUCCCCUCUCUGCCGCCUCCUCCUCCCCUCCAAAUCCGAUUCCCAUUCCGAUUCUGAUUCUGAGCCUCACGAGAAGUCCCUCUCCCUCCAAGAGAUUCAGGCCUACAUUGAGGCUGAAAACAUGAGGUUGGAGAAGGAACCCUGUCUCUUCUCCGCCAAGGAGAUUAUUGUUCGGGUCGACUACAAGUAUUGCCCGAACCUCACCAUCAUCGACACUCCCGGGCUUAUUGCUCCUGCUCCUGGUCCUAAGAAUCGAGCUUUACAGGUCCAAGCUCGUGCUGUGGAAGCUCUAGUUCGAGCUAAAAUGCAGCAUAAAGAGUUUAUUAUAUUGUGUCUUGAAGAUUGCAGUGACUGGAGUAAUGCAACUACACGAAGGGUCGUAAUGCAGAUUGAUCCCGAGCUCUCAAGGACUGUAAUUGUUUCAACCAAGCUUGAUACCAAAAUUCCCCAGUUUGCGCGUUCAUCUGAUGUGGAAGUAUUUCUGUCACCUCCCACAUGUAUGCUUGAUGGUUGCAUCUUGGGUGACUCUCCCUUUUUCACUUCUGUGCCCUCUGGAAGAGUUGGCUCUGGACAUGAUUCGGUUUAUAGAUCUAAUGAUGAGUUCAAAAAGGCAAUAUCAUUAAGAGAGAUGGAUGAUGUUGCAAGCUUGGAGGAGAAAUUGGGCCGGUCACUGUCAAUACAAGAAAGAAGUAGAAUAGGCGUAAGCAAACUUAGGUGUUUUUUGGAAGAAUUGCUACAGAAAAGGUAUAUGGAUAAUGUGCCACUGAUCAUUCCACUUCUCGAGAAGGAGUACCGGAGCGCAACAAGAAAAAUGAAUGAAAUAAAUCAAGAACUCAGCACUUUGGAUGAACUGAAACUAAAAGAAAAAGGAAGAGUAUUUCAUGAUCUCUUCUUGACAAAGCUAUCGUUGCUACUAAAAGGAACGGUUGUUGCACCUCCAGAUAAAUUUGGUGAGACACUACAGGAUGAGAGGACUAACGGAGGGGCAUUUGUUAGCAGUGAUGGCCUUCAGUUCCCUCACAAGCUUAUACCUAAUGCAGGAAUGCGUUUAUACGGUGGUGCACAAUACCACCGUGCCAUGGCUGAGUUCCGCUUUGUAGUUGGAGGAAUAAAAUGCCCUCCAAUUACAAGGGAAGAAAUUGUAAAUGCAUGUGGAGUUGAAGAUUUACAUGAUGGCACAAACUACUCAAGGACAGCUUGUGUAAUAGCCGUUGCAAAGGCCCGUGAUACAUUUGAGCCUUUCCUUCAUCAGUUAGGUUGUAGACUCUUGCACAUUCUAAAGAGAUUACUUCCUAUAUCAGUCUAUCUUCUUCAGAAAGAUGGUGAGUAUUUAAGUGGCCAUGAGGUGUUUCUUAGGCGUGUUGCUUCUGCUUUCAAUGACUUUGCAGAAUCUACCGAAAGGGCAUGUCGUGAAAAAUGCAUGGAGGAUUUAGUAAGCACCACCCGCUAUGUCACCUGGUCCCUUCACAACAAGAAUCGAGCUGGGUUACGUCAAUUUUUAGACUCGUUCGCUGGAACAGAACAUAACACUAUGGGUAGUAAUUGCGUACCUGCUGGUAUUUCCCAAGAUUUAUCCUUUGGGUCUGUUGCCAAUGAGAAGGAAACUAAGUCAAGGGCAGAUGUGAAGCUCAGCCAUGUGGCGUCUGGCAUUGAUGUGGCAUCUUCUAUUCAGACAACAGAAACAAGGCUGGCUGAUCUUCUAGAUAGUACACUUUGGAAUAGGAGGCUUGCUCCUUCCUCUGAAAGGAUUGUUUAUGCUUUGGUGCAGCAGAUAUUUCAUGGCAUAAAAGAAUAUUUUUUGGCCUCCGCAGAGUUGAAGUUCAACUGCUUUCUUCUAAUGCCUGUAGUAGACAAGUUGCCUGCACUCCUUAGAGAAGAUUUAAAAUCUGCUUUUGAGGAUGACUUGGAUAAUAUUUUUGAUAUCACCAACCUGCGGCACUUAUUAGGCCAGCGAAAGCGAGACGCAGAGAUCGAGCUUAAAAGGAUCAAAAGGCUAAAGGAUAAGUUCAGAUCACUGCAUAAGCAUCUUAGUUCGCAUCAAGCCCAUUCUACUGCCUUUUCCGACCAACGUUGAGUGUUUUGCAAUUCAACAUACUGAUACGGAAGUCAAAUUUGUUGGAUGAAAAAUGAUUUGGUUUUUGUUUUUGGUAUUGUGUUUGAGAUAACUGCAUAUUUGUUUUGGCUUAGAGAAAUCUAGUGGAGAAAAAUCUUAGAUCUUUAUUUGGACUAGAGGAUUGUAUUUAGAUAACAUGUCUUUCUUAAUUAUACAGUGAGUAUGCACUUUGUUAAUGGCCUAUUGUUGUAGAGAUUUGAUUCAUGUACCUAUUCUAAGUCUAUAUGAGACAUUUCUGUUCAUUGUCUUUAA